UGUUGAGCUGGGGACCCUUUUUGUGGACCCUACAAGCCUGGCCUGUCAAAUCCAGGGGCCGGGCCUCGGGUACGCGCUGCGCUUAGGUCUGCAGCACGGCCACGGCCAGGAGGCUGACAGCCACAAGCAAGACCACUGUGAGCCGGCCACGAUUUUCUUGUACCGCCGCAUGGUCGCCGUUGACGGCUCGCAUGGAGAUAUUUUCCAAGGUUCGGGGCUUUUGGGUUCUAUGCGCCGACAAGUACUCGAAACACCUCAAGUUAUGCGCCGCGAUGCUGGAGACUGUCCACGUACCGCCACGAGCCACACUGUGGAGUGUCCGGAAUUGUGACAGACAGCUCCGGAUGCCGAGGCUGCCGGUUAGUUCGUCCGUGUCUAAGCGUCCCCACUUGGCUUCAUCAACUAUCAGC